UCCUCUACCGAAGGUUUACCAAGGUCCAUCGACGCGCUGUUUGAAAUCAGCGUUGAUCUUCUAGGCAGGCAAGCAAAAUGAACGGUAACGCUGCUAGAUCUCAGGACUCCACUAAGCAUGUUUAUCAUGCUCUGUUCUCAUCUGGACAGAGUUUACCAAGGAUACGAGACGCUGUCCUGGGAAGACGGCUUCUGAAGAUUUCUGAAGGAGAGAUUGGUGUCCCUGGUCGCAGCAUUGUUUGGAAGUUGUUCUUACUGCAAGAUGCACCCCUCUCAUCGCCCAUAGACAGUAGUCCUAAUCCGCCAACACAAAUGUUGCGCAAACUUCGUACCGAGUAUUCCGAUCUUCUACUUGAGCACAUGCGGGCUCCCGACGGUGGAUUUGACGAGAGCUUUGUCAUCCCUGGUGUAACAGUCCCUCAGUCAACUAGAUCUAACGUUAACCUGCAGAAGAACAACCCCUUAAGCCUAGACAAUGAGAAUCCAUGGAAUCAGUGGUUUGCAGCGGUAGAGCUGCGGAAAACCAUCAAACAGGACGUGGAGCGAACGUUUCCGGACAUAGAUUACUUUCGUGACCCAGAUGUUCAGCAGCAUCUCACCAAUAUCUUGUUUUUAUAUGCUGCCAUUCAUACGGAUAAAGGAUAUCGUCAAGGGAUGCACGAGCUGUUAGCACCGCUUUACUAUGCAGUAGAUUAUGACUCGAUGGAAGAACAACCUGACGAACCUGUAUCCCACCUCUGUUCAGCAAAGUGGGCAGCCGCAGACUCAUGGGCUCUCUUUAGCUCUAUCAUGAAUGAUGUCGGCCAGUGGUACGAAUGGCGAGAACCACCCCCGUCUCGUGAUCAGUCAAAAUUGGAACCUCAUGUUACGCCGGUCGUGAAAACAUGUAAGAACGUCCAGGAGACGCUGCUCAAGGCCUGUGACCCUGUCCUCUAUGGAUCUAUGCGGAGCUCAGGACUUGAGCCUCAGAUAUAUGGAUUGCGAUGGCUGAGACUCCUCUUUACGCGAGAGUUCUCGAUGCCUGACGCUAUGGUGCUAUGGGAUGGACUGUUCACCAGCGAUCGACCUUUAUCCUCUCUCAUUCAAUGGGUCUGUGUGGCCAUGCUCAUACGAAUACGAAGUAAACUAAUUUCAUCAGAUUACAGCACCCAGUUGAUGUUCCUUUUGCGCUACCCUCACCUACCAUCCAGUAUGCAAGGCUCGCACCAUAUCACGCUUCUCUUGCAGCAAGCCGAGGCUCUCAAGAUCUCGCCUUCGCCCGCAACUGCUGCGUCUUUGACGAUGGAAAACCAGAGCAUUCUCAGUAUUCCUGUUGAAGUCCCGGAGAGCCCUGCGCCUCGACCCCGUUCUAGGCAUAGAGGACACCAAGCUUCUGCCUCUGAAUCACACGCACCGGGUUCUCCUAUUGUGCAUGUAUCCGAACAGUCUCGCCAAUAUUCGUUACAGCAGCUAGGCCUGCCGGAGAUGAUAGCUAGGAACUUCCUGGAUAGGGGAGAAAGCUUGGGAAUAAACAAGACUGUGUUGCAUGCGGUGUCUGAGCUCAAGCGCAAUCUACCUGAGUUAGCGAACUCGUGGAGUCGCAGUCCUUCAGCAGAUCUUACUUCAUAUCCGCUAUCAGAGGAAAGACCGAUUGAGCAAAGGUCCUCUUGGGAGUCUCGUAGCCGCUUCGAGAUAGAAAGAGAAGUCACAGAACUUCGAAGUCUAAACAGGCAGCUUGGGGAAUCUCUCCGCUGGGUAGCUGAAAUCCUCAGUCGAGAUUCUUCGGGCGAUCAGACCGAGCAACCCACAGAACGACAAGAGGCUAUGGCUACGCUUUGCUAUGCCCGGGAUGUCCUUUGUGGCGAUGUGUCCGAGAUCGAUGAACAACGCCUUUGGGGCAGCGAAGAGAGACGAGCGGAGAGGGCAGGGGAGGAGACCCGAUCGUUUACCCGUGCCAAACCAUCCUCGCCACUCACGGCCACCGCCUUCGCGAGGAGUAUGGGAAGUGGGAUGAGACCGCAAACAACCACUACCACGACGCAUCCACAUCGAGGUUUCCAGCGACUGCCUUCUGAUCCGCUCAUGAAUACCUCCUCCGCUACCAAAAGUCCGGUUAGUACGCCCUUAUCUCCUCCAGAAGCGUCUUCGCCAUUCUUGACUCCCGACGCGACUGGCCAUUCCAUGUCAACCUGGAGUCACUCACGCUUCCAGUCCGUCACUGAUGCGUCUUCGGCGAAUACGCGUUCAAGGGGCAGCGCAAUAGGGAUAGCAUCACAGUUAUCCGCCCAAACAACACCGCGUUCUUCCGCAGACGAUGGGCCACCUCCGACUAAACAAACUGUUGGAGGCGCUCAAUCUCCGAGGUCUCGAUUAGAAGUUCAGCAGGAUCCACUGGGCGUUCUGCGGUGAAGAGUCGUCGGGUGUCGUCGGGCGUUGUGUUGUGCUGCUUGAUACCUGUUACUUGCUUUGAUUGCCUGGAAUGUAGCUGUUGGAUAUAUAAUCUCU